CUUUGAGUGACGUAUGUUUCGUGCGAAAGGGCGAAUAGCGAACGAGAAAAGAUCAACCAUUUUGGUUUAAUUUUUGGAUAGUGUUUGGAAUCUUCCGUUAUCAACUAAAAAAAUUAAUUUUAUUGUACAUUUGUACAUUUUUGUUACUUAUUUAUAAUCAACGAGUUAAAACCAAUUAUGGCUGAUGCAGCGCCAGAAGCUCCAAUUGAUAAUGGAAAACCGCCAUCAGGGCCUCCACACAAGCUCGGCGGUGGAAUGGGCGGUCAUAUGGGCGGCGGAGGGCGAGGAGGCCCAGGCGGUCCCAGAGGCCGUGGUGGUUUUAGGGGACGUUCUAAUUUCUUUAGUGGUGGACCUGGAGGCCCUCCGGGGCGCGGUGGUCCGAUGAUGAGGGGAAGAGGUGGACCUCGUGGAGCGCCUAGAGGACGAUUCCCGCCUGGCGGACCAGGUGGACCGGGAGGUGACUCUGGUGGAAUGGGAGGCAGAGGCGGCCGCGGAAUGGGCAGAGGAGGUCCGGGCGGAUUCAGAGGUCGCGGAGGCGGCGGCGAUCGCGGCGGUAGAGGAGGUCCGGGAGGACGAGGCGGCCCGAGAGGUGGCAGACCGUUCGGAGGACCCCGAGGUAGGGGAGGAUCCGGAGGACCUCCUGGUCAAAAAAGAUCUCCCGGUCAGUUUGGCGGUCAAGGAAUGCCAGGUGGUAUGGGAGGACCGAAAAGGCCUAGGUUUGAUAAUGGUGGACAGAACGGCUAUAAUCAAGGUGGACAACAAGGUUACUCGCAAUACGGUAGCGGCGGUGGAGGCGGCGGCGGCGGCGGCCAAUAUGGUGGUCAGCAAAGCGGUUACAAUCAAUACGGAGGAGGCGGUGGCCAACAUGGGGGAUACGAAAGUGGUGGUUACUCGUCACAAUAUCCAAGCGGGGGCGGUAACAGUAGCGGAUAUGGAGGUGGAGCUGGUGAUUAUUCGGGAGGGUAUUCUCAACAAAGCACAGAUCAAUAUGGGCAAGGUGGCUACAACACUGGAGCACAAGGAUACAGCAGUGGCGGUUACGAAGAUAGAAGUGGCGGCGGUGGUGGUGGUUAUGGAGCCCAAACUGGUGGAUAUGGUUCUGCUCCUCCUAGGCGAUACUAAUAAAAAUAUUCCCAAAACAUAUACAAUUAGUAUUAAUGAGAAAACUGCGUUGUGUUAGUGUAAUUUCUGACUAUGAACUUUUUUUUAUAUAACAAUUUUAGUGCUAAGUUUUAUUUGUGUUUCGAAUGAAAAUGAAAUUUGAGUUAUUUAGUGGCUUCCUUAUGCAAAUAACAAGAAACAAGACCUUAAAAACAAAUUUUUAAAAGAAAAUAGGCAAAUAUGUUCACAAAUAAAUUUUUUUAACAAAAUAAUGAUCUGUUAUUUGAUUGUAGCAUCUUUCCAAUGGACCUAAGAGUGUGAUCGAAAAUAAAUAUUAAUUUAAAUCUUUUAAUGGUUUUUUAUUUUUAAGAAUUUGAAUUUGUUUAAGAACUUCAAUUUUCAUUAUAUCCCCUUGUAAAUAUGUAAUUCCUACACUUACA